CACUCAUUCGAGAGCCAAAGCUGACGCAAGGGCAAUUCUCCAAAAUGGGACACUUCGUCGAAGGAUGAAAGCUUAGACCCACAAAAAGUAAACUAUUUGUUGUACGUCGUCUCUUUCUUCGAUUUGUAUUCCCCUCCGUUCAUGACUAUCAACUUGUUCAUCAGUUUCAUACUUCCACUCCCACACCCGCUCCCACGCCACCGAAAAAAAGAAUAUCAUGUCCUCACCGGCCGAAGACGAACCACUUGAAGCCGAAACUGGCGUCGCCUCUGUCUCGCCAGUCCUCGACGAUGAGUCGCCUCUUGCCACGGCAGUCACUGCGGCAGGGAUCGCUGGAGGAGGAACAGUAUGAACUUCAUCUGUGAAGAAAUAGACGAAGAGGAUCAAUCUCCUAUAGCCGUUCUUUCUUUCCUCGACGCAAGUAAGCAUUUUUUCAUGAUUUUCCUCUAGCAAGCUUCUUACUCGUCUUGUUCAUCAUAAGUACUUUCACAGGCCACGACAGACGCAGCAUCAUCCGCAAGUACACCACCAUCUGCAUCAUCGCCAUCCGCUCCAAGCCCUUCCGCCCCAACCCCUUCCGCACCAGCGCCUUCCGCUUCCAAAACCAUGGCAGACGUCGUGCAAGAGCAGUUAUCUGAGGACACGUCAGACAAAAUCGUCUCCAUACGACAGGAGAUGGAGAAGCUACAUUCACAACUAGUACAAUCUUUACUAAGGCUACAAGAAAUCCAUCUUCACAGGCAUCGCCAUCCCGUUUGUAAAGGGAAAAGGGGGCCCAAGAGGCCAUGAUGCUGAAGAUGGAUCGCUCUUAGUUCUAAUUUUACCGCCAGCUCCUUCGCCUGAUGAUAUGAACAUGAACUACAAGAACUACUAUUAUGGAGGAGGACCCGGAGCCACAACUAGUAGCUACUCUAGUACGUCGGCUCCUGUCCCUGGAGAGCUUCUGUACCGCACGUUGUUAAGUGGCGAACGUGGCACAGCAUCUUCUUCAACAUUAGGAUUGCUGGACUACGGAGGUAGCUACAGUGGUGGUGGCGCAGGAACAAGACCAUCUGAUAUUUCUUCUACAACAAGCAGAGGCUUCAUGCCAGGUGAUGUUCUUUUUCCAAGUUUUGAUGAUUUUGAUGAAAUCACAUCUCGUACAGGACGUGCACGACUUCACGAUACAACUUCUAAAAAUAAUGCUCAUCAUCUCGAUAUGGAACACACAGCCCAAUACAAAAUUAGUGAUACAGCUCUGAGAGAAAAGGAAAUCCGAACUGCUAUCAAGACAUUGUUGAGAUUCCGAUGAUGCUCUUGAUGUUGGAUGUACUGGUGACAAAAUGUAUAAUAUUGUCCUGACAAAGAUCUAAUCCUUCUCCAACCUGACUUCUUUGCUUUCUUGUCUCCCUAUCUGUUCCUGC